UAUUAGUUAACUAUAAACUAGUUUAUUAUUCAUCAAUGGAUCGUGAUUGAAAAAAAUUAGUGAUCAUGGAUAAUAAUUUAAAGUGUAAAGAAUGCAAUAAAACAUUUAGUUUGAAUAAGAGCUUAUAUGCUUACUUCAGAAAGUUUCAUGGUAUUGAACUGGUUGCACCAAAGAUUCAAAAUUACAAUUGUGAAUAUUGUGAUAAAAAGUAUUCAAAAGAACGAUAUUUAUCUGAACAUCUUCAAAACGUUCAUGGUACCAGAAUUUCAAAAAAAUCAACUAGGAUCAUUUGUCCUUAUGAUGCAUGUGAGGAACGUUUGUACUCAUUUGUGAAACUGAGAAGUCAUUUAUCUGAAAUUCAUCAAACUGACGUUGAGCUGGAGGAACUCACUUUUGAUACGAUCUCUGAUUUUGAAGCAUGGAAGCAUGACAUGGAACAAAAAACAGUAUCUAUGUAUGUACUCGAUAGUGCUGAAAGAGAUUUGUCUGAUGGUAGUACUAAAAAACAUCUCUUCUGUCAUCGUUCAUGGAAUUAUCGUAAGAAAGGAAAGAAUUUAAGAAUGACCAAAUCUCUGGGGACAAACAAAAUAAAUAGAUUCUGUCCAUCAAAAAUUGAAAUUACGACUUUCAAAUGUGAUGGAGUUUCAACUAUAAAAGUCAAAUUUUGGAGUACUCAUUGUGGUCAUGCACAUGAUAUUGGGCGUAUACGAUUGGAUAAAGAAACAAAAUCAAUGAUCGCAAGCAAAUUACAACAAGGGGUCACAUGGGACCAUAUUUUAGAUGAUAUUCGUGAUGGAACAGUUUCUGAGUCACAGCAACGGUUGCUCCUCUUUGAGCGUCAAGAUUUAUCUCAGCAAAUUAUUAAAUUUGGUCCAGAUAAAAUAUGCAUUGAUGGCACGCAUGGCACCAAUGCAUAUGAUUUUCAACUUCACACGCUCAUGACUGUAGAUGAAUAUGGAACAGGAUGCCCUGUUGCAUACUGCUUUUCCAAUCGAGCUGAUGAGAUGAUUUUUAAAUUAUUCUUCUGUCAAAUUAAAUCAAAAGUGGGAAUUAUCAAAUUUGAAAUCUUCAUGUCUGAUGACGCACCUGCAUAUUACAAUGCUUGGAGUAUCAUCAUGGGAGAUGUUCCACACAGACUUCUGUGUACAUGGCACGUAGAUCGAAACUGGAGAAAAAAUUUGUGUAAAAUCAAAGGUGGGCCAGAGAAAAAAUCCCUCAUAUAUAAGACCUUACAAGUUUUAUUGCAAAUCACAUCAGUUGAUGAAUUUAAAACAUGUCAAGAUCAAGUCAUAAAUGACUUGUUAAAGGAUGAAGAUACUCAUGCAUUUGGAAUAUAUUUUAAGGACAAUUACUCAAAACGAUCUGAGAUUUAUAUGUUUAAUGGCUUAGAACAGGCUACAACUAGAACAAGACUGCCACAGUUCAAAAUUAAUCAAUUUUUAGUAAUGACUACUUUAGAAUAG